UCGACGGCACAGGGUCACGUGACAUUGCAGGCCUCGAUCCCGCACUCGCCAUGUGACUUACUGUAAGGAGGACUGGAGUGUGGAGACAUGGCUGCCGUGCAGGGUAUAAUAUCUGAAGAUCUAUCAGCGGUUACGGCGUUGCUUAGUACAAUACAACAACAGGUAACAGCGGUCACAGCACAUGUACAGAACCUAACUGAGAAGAUCCGCAAUGGGGUCUACCCAACAGAAAAGGGUCUUAGCUUCCUAGAGCUGAAGGAUCAGCUGCUCUUGCUGUAUAUGCAGGAUCUUGCCCACAUCAUCUUAGAAAAAGUUUCUGGGAAGUCAUUGACGGAAAAUCCAGCCAUCAUGAGACUGGUUGAGAACCGCACAGUUUUGGAAAAAAUGCGUCCGAUUGAGCAAAAGCUUAAAUAUCAAAUAGAGAAGCUGGUAAGAGCUGCUGUGACUGGAAGUCUUGCUGAGAAUGAUCCACUGCGUUUCAGACCCAAUCCUCAGAACUUAUUGAGUAAGUUGGAGGAGUCUGACAAGGAGGAUUCAGGUAGUGACAAAGAUGAGAGUGGUGUAGGAAAGAAGUCUCGCGGCAACACCAGGAAAUACAUACCUCCUAAGCUUGCACCAGUACACUAUGAUGACACAGAAGAAGAGAAAGAACGCAGAAUUUUAGAGCGAGCUAAGAAGCGAGCUUUGAGCAGCUCGGUCAUCCGUGAGUUAAAAGAACAGUAUACAGAUGCUCCUGAAGAAAUCCGAGAAGGAAGAGCUUAUCACAUGAUGCAGCAUCAGAGAGAAGAUGAUCAUCGGGUAAAAUAUGAAGAGUCUAUGAUGGUGCGAUUAAAUUUAACUCGAAAGGAAAAGGCUCGUAAGAAGAGAGCUCUUGCCAUGACAUCACAACUCAAUUCGCUCACGCACUUCACAGAUAUUAGUGCUCUAACAGGAGGAGAAGCGAGAACAGAGGACUUCAUGCCUUCUGCCAAGAAGUUGAAGAGAGGCUCUAAAAAAGGGAAAAAGAAGAAAGGCUUUAGAAAGCGCCACUGAGGAGCAACCACCAGGCAGCCAUAACGUUCUAUGAGUGUACUGUGCCAACAGUUUCAAAGUAAUACUGUUUUGCUAUCGGGAAUAUUUACGAUAAAUAACUGGGGUCUUAUGUAUCCAUGGGUUCGUUUUUGGUUGCACUGGAAAAUGUGGAGGAUUUAGUGCACAAAAUUACUUUAAUUUACAUGAGGAUUUGAACAAUUUAUCCUGAGCAAUGAUUUUUUUAUUUUAUGCAAUAAACAUGUUUAAAAUACA